AUGUCCCUACUAUCACCCAUCCCCUCCAACCUCUCAGAGUCCUUGCAAAAGGAGGAGGAGGCAGCCUUUAUACUACUGCCACUGCCUACUAUGCCCCUCCCCCCUGCACCCACCACUGCCACUACUGCCACCACACUGCCUGCCACCAGGCCUGCCACCGCCGCCCCUACUAGGCCUGCUGCCACCACCCCUGUUGCCGCUGCCGCCACUGCUGCCACUGCCACUACUACUACCAUGGCUCCUCCCACCUCUCUCUCCCUUAUGCCUAUGGGGGCCUUCCUCCCCCUACACAGGGUUGUUUAUGGCCCCUUCUUCAUUAACCUGACAAGAGUGUGGCCAGCCCCUAUCAUAAGGGGAGCCUCUGUCUUUGGGCCACUGCUGCCUCCAGUAGGCACUCCUAGGGCCAACUGGGAUGCCCUAGCACCCACCACUAGCAGUAUUAACACCUGGGCUUCCAGCCUAAUGGUAGAGCUACCCCUAGACGCCUAG